AUGGAGCCAAACUCAUACCCACACCCCAACCUGCUGAAUGUUUACUUCUGGAACCUGCCAAGAAUUGUAAAUAAACAAAUGGGAGACAGGUAUGUGAGGGAAAUUAAUUUCGCAAAAUACGAUUUUAUCAUUAUUAUCUCAGCCCAUCGAUUUAGACAGAAUGACUCGCCAAAGCGAUUAAACAGGAAAAAUUUCUAUUUUCUUCAAUCAAAAAUUGAUAAGAAUCUUAACUCAAUGAAAAAGCACUAUUUUAAUUUUAAUGAAGAGGAAGACCUGGAGAAGGUCAGGAAUGAUUGCGUAAGCAAAUUACAAGAGGAGGGAAUUCUAUCACCCAGAGUUUUCCUGAUAUCAAGCUUUGGUUUGAUUCUGUAUGAUUUUGCUUGGUUAAAUAAAACUCUUGAAGAUGAUCUUCUGGAUGUAAAUAAUGACUUUGUACUGGUGCUUCAAAGCCUAAGCUCAAAGAUUUCGGAGAAGAAAAGACCAGAGCUGAAGAAGCGAGUCCGGAUGUUGGUAACACUUUCUCGGGCAGUGGGGGCAGUGGCAGUUCCUGGGCUCACCCUUACUUGUAACUUUAGCAUCUUGACUGGAGCAAUAAUAUAUUUACCUAAGUUUAUGGGUCUGAAUGAUGUGUGAAAGACUGUCCAGUAGGGUAGGGAAUCCUGGGAGGAUCUGAAAGCAAUGGUGACAACUCCCCUGGUCAGAGGAGAAAUAACUCAAGACAUAAUAAACAGAUUGUCCAGGCUUGCUACUGCUGUCAUUAAGUCAGUACCUGAGCCUCAUGUCAAUAACAUUACAGACUUUGGAGCACAGCCAUUGUUUCUUAUGACUCACAAGCUGCUGAAUAGUGCACUGGAUGAUCUUACAGAGAAUGCCCAGAGAAUGGUGAUGGCUGCAUUUGGGACUGAAUCAAUUCAAGAACAGUUUUUGUACUGUGCAUUCUUCACUGAGGAAGAGCUCAAGAAACUGAAGCCUAAUUAAGAAAUGAAUGGAAUUAAACCCCUGAUACAGCAAAAAACCGAUGAUUUGAAUAAUACGUCAAACCUCUGUUACAGAAGAAAUUACAAGAUCUGGACAGUACAGAGGUGAACAUUGCAAUGAUGGGAGAAGCAGGUUCAGGGAAAUUCACCUUCAUCAACACAAUGAGAGGCAUUCAGAGCGAUGAUGAGGGAGAAGCUAAAACUGGGAACACAGAAACCACAAUCGAACCAACCUCAUACCUAUCC